UGUACCUGCACGGCACACCCAACUACCCGGCUCGCUUCUCUUCCUCUUCCCUUUUGCUUCCACACUUGUCGAUCACCCGGUUCCCAGCUCUCCGGCUGCCGUUUGCCUCCCCACUUGAGGAUCUUCCCAUAUCGACCUACGGCAACGGAGAGGUGUACCAAGUAAUUAUCUUGGAGACGCGCUCAGGUUGAAGCCGAGGUGACAGGGUGUUCCGGGACUCACCCUCGUCAAGGCAACCAUUUGCGCUUUCGACCCGGUCCGAUCGUUACCAACAUGAAGAAGUUUCAGUCGUACUUCACCCCUUCGACAUCGGAGGGGGAGCAGAAGGAAAGCAAUGAAGAGACGAAGGUAGCGGGCACUCGGUCCCGGAGGAACGGCUCCAAGUCGUCGGCACAUCAACUCCAACCCAUCCAGGGGAAGGAUUCCGGAUUAGCAGCCGGCGCACCUCUACCACCAUCAGCCAACUCCGAGGCCGUCCCGAUCUCCGCACGGGGGAGCAUGCUCUCAGUCCCGGGCGCGGCAACCCCCCAAACCCAUCAACAUGGCCACCAGACCCCCGAGACGGCCAAAACCAGCCCGCACACCUCCCGGGCGCCGUCCCUCCGGCACUCCUUCCUCCCGGCGCACGACGCCCGCAGCCGCGACUCGGAGACGAUCAACGAGAUCCGCAACGACAUGAUGGUCAACUGGCUGUACGAGCAGCAGCUGCGCAAGCAGUACGCGUCCGGGGCGGACCCCUACGAAGGGGUGGUGCUCAAGAAGGCCCGCGGCGCCUUCGCCUGCUGCCCGCCCCAGAUGGCCGCCAUCCCGGACUCGCUCUUCGCCGUCGUCGCCCAGAUGAACGUCCGCUGCGCCAUGACCGUCAACACCCCCGUCGUCCGCGCCCUGCUCGACUCUAUUAUUCACAAGACCGAUCUGGAUUAUGUCCCCCUGCCGGACGGUCUGCGUGUGCAGGUGCUGCGCACCAUGGCUGACCUGCCCCGCGGCCAGCUGCAUCAUUUCGCUGCUUUUGUGGAGGAUGCAAGGAUGCUGAUUGUGUGGGACGAUGAGCCGGAGAAGUUGCUGAGCAGGGUGCAGAUCCUCGAGGCGAAGUUUAUUGAAAUCAUCUGGGGCAACGGGGAUGACGAGGCCGAGGAGGAUGAUGCUGGCGCGGAGAAGAAGGGCGGUGCUGGUGUCGCAGUGCAGGAGCUGGAUCCGGGCCAGCUUGAGGAAGCGAUGGCCAAGGAGAAUAGGCCGGUGAGGCUGGAGAGCGCGUUUAUGGUGGGGCUUACGUUGGCAUUAUGGAUCGUGUGUCCCGCGCUGGGCUGGAGGUGGUUGGCGUACCAAACCGUCGUCGACGGGACAUAUCUGAGGUUUGCGUUGCUGGCUUCGGCUCCGGCGCAGUUGUUUGUCAGCUUGUUCUUCUUCCAAUCCAUCAUCACCAGUCUUUUCCAGGUCUUUGGGCCCAUCUCGGCCGUCGCCAACAAUAGUAAGUACUACAGCGGCAGGCCCCCUCAAAGGAUCGACCGCAACCAGGCGACUCUGCCCCACGUCACGAUUGAGAUGCCCGUAUACAAGGAGGGCCUCGCAGCUGUCAUCAAGCCCACAAUCGUCUCGCUGAAGGCGGCCAUCAGCACGUACGAGAUGCAAGGCGGCUCGGCCAACAUCUUUGUCAACGACGACGGCAUGCAGCUUAUCUCGGACGAGGACGCCCAAGGCCGCCGCGAUUUCUACGAUGAACACAACAUCGGCUGGGUGGCACGCCCUGCGCACAACCCCAAUCCCGAGGCCGGCUCGGAAGAGAAGCGGUUCGUCCGCCGCGGCAAGUUCAAGAAGGCCAGCAACAUGAACUAUGCGCUGCACGUCAGCAACCGCGUUGAGGACAAGCUGCUCGCCAUCAAGCGCGGCAGCAAGUGGAACAACGAGCAGGAGAACGCCGCCUACCAGCAGUGCCUGGCCGACGUGCUGCACGAGGACGAGGGCCGCACCUGGGCCGAGGGAAAUAUUCGCAUUGGCGACUACAUUCUUCUCAUCGAUUCGGAUACUCGCGUGCCGCACGACUGUCUGCUGGAUGCCGUCAGCGAGAUGGAGCAGAGCCCAGAGGUGGCCAUUCUGCAGUUCCAGUCGGGCGUCAUGAACGUUACCAACUCCUUCUUUGAGAACGGCGUCACCUGGUUCACUCGCCUCAUCUACUCGUGCAUCACCUUCGCCGUUGCGUCGGGCGACGCCUGCCCCUUCGUCGGCCACAACGCCAUCCUCCGGUGGCAAGCUCUCCAGGACGCGGCUGCCUUCACCGACGAGGACGGAUACGAGAAGUACUGGUCCGAGUCGCACGUGUCGGAGGAUUUCGACAUGUCGCUGCGCUUGCAGGUCGCCAAGUACACGCUCCGUUACGCCUCGUACACGGGCGACGGUUUCAAGGAGGGCGUCAGCUUGACUGUUUACGACGAGCUUGCCCGCUGGGAGAAGUACGCGUACGGCUGCAACGAGCUGCUGUUCCACCCACUGCGCUUCUGGCUCGUCCGCGGGCCGUUCACGCCGCUCUUUAAGAAGUUUAUCGCUUCCAGCAUCCCGUUUCCGAAGAAGAUGACUAUUCUGGCGUAUAUCGGGACAUAUUAUGCCAUUGCUGCGGCGUGGCUCCUGACGCUGGGGAAUUAUUUCAUUACCGGCUGGUUCUACGGCUUGUACGACAAGUACUACCUCGACUCGUUCGCCAUCUACAUCUCCAUCAUUGUCGUCUUUACCGGACUGGGUAACCUCUCGUUAGCGGUGCUGAGGUACCGGUUGAGUGAGCAGUCGCUGCUGUCAGCCUACUUCGAAAACCUCAAAUGGAUUCCCAUGUUCUGCAUUUUCCUCGGCGGCAUCUCGCUGCACAUGUCGCAGGCCAUCCUGUCGCACUUCUUCGAGAUCGACAUGGCGUGGGGCGCCACGGCCAAGGAGCUCGAGGAGGUGCGGUUCGGCCCCGAGAUCUGGCGCAUCAUCCGCCGCUUCAAGUGGACCUUCCUCUACUGCUUCGCCUGCACCGCCCUGAUGGUGUGCGGCAACACCGUCUUCCCCGUCCUGUGGCGCAUCAACACCUUUUACAGCAUCUAUCCGCUGGCGGCCACGGUGGUCUCGCACUUUGCGCUGCCCGUGCUGCUGAACCCGGCGCUGAUGAUGUUUACUUGGUAGUGGAGAGGACGGUGGGAAGGGUUAAUUGGUGAUUACCUUUCGGUUCUCUUCGUACUAUCUAUUUUCUCAUGAUUAUGACUCCUUAAUGUUUUUUGUUGGCAUUAGAUGCCGAUCCGCUGAGGAGUCGGUGGUAUUUUCGGCGUCGGAGGGUUGGUUAACUUUCUGCGGCCCCUUUAAGCAUUCAGCGACGACAUAGAU